CCUCUUUUUCGUCUUUACGAAUGAUGGGAUAUUCGCGCCGAAUAUUCUGAUCAAUCUCUUAUAUGACUCCUUCCUCCUCCCCCCGCUCUCCCUCCCCUCCAUUAUCGCCGUCCGAUAGUCGUCCAUUCUUCUGAAAGGUUCCGUCAGCUUUUCGCCGGGAGCUGUUCCAAUUCGGCACAUUCUCUGUAUUUACUGGAAAUAACGCGGAAGGAGAAGUAGGAGAGAGAUGAAGUUCGGGAAGAGCCUGAGCAAUCAGAUCGAGGAGACGUUGCCUGAGUGGAGAGAUAAGUUUCUUUCGUACAAGGAAUUGAAGAAGCGUCUGAAGCUAAUUGAUUCGAAAGGUGGUGAGAAGAGUAGUAAGCGGCAGAAAUUUACAGCCGUGGAUUCUACCGAUGCCGGAGAGAAGGAAGCGAGCGUGAUGACUAAAGAGGAGAGGGAUUUCAUCUAUUUGUUAGAAGACGAGCUCGAGAAGUUUAAUUCAUUUUUCGUUGAGAAGGAGGAAGAAUACAUUAUUAGAUUAAAGGAGUUGCAGGAUAGAGUAGGAAAGGCAAAGGAUUCGAAUGAAGAGAUGAUUAAAGUACGCAAGGAGAUCGUUGAUUUCCACGGCGAGAUGGUCUUGUUGGAGAAUUACAGCGCCCUGAACUACACCGGAUUGGUAAAGAUCCUCAAGAAGUACGACAAGAGAACUGGUGCUCUUAUCCGAUUGCCCUUCAUCCAGAAAGUCUUGCAACAGCCAUUCUUCACCACAGACUUGCUUUACAAGCUGGUGAAAGAAUGCGAGAUAAUGCUGGAUCACCUCUUCCCCAAGAAUGAGCCAUCUGUACCAAGUGAAGGUACUGAUGUGGUUGAAGAUUGUGACUCAAAGCCAGCUGAAACCCAGAAAGGCAAACUGCUUUUAGGACCCAAGGAACUUGCAGAGAUUGAGUAUAUGGAGAGCUUGUACAUGAAGAGCAGCAUUUCAGCCCUUCGGAUCUUGAAGGAGAUUAGAAGUGGAAGUUCUACUGUAAGUGUGUUCUCGUUGCCGCCAUUACAAAAUAAUGGGUUGGAGGAAACCUGGAAAAAAAUUCCUGUUUUGGAGCAAGCUGCGAAAUAGCCGCGAAUAGAGGGAAAAACUAGGGGAUGGAUAUGCUUUUCUUACUUUUUUUUCUUUAAAUUUGCUUGGGUGAGGGAAGUAUCUCAAUUGCUAAUUGAGCUUUUUUCCCCUUUUCUUUACCUGUAAUACGUCUGGUUACAUGUAUUAGGUGCUAACACAGAGCUGCUGUAAAUGUUCAAAUUACAACUCGACUAAACUUCAAUAGUAGAUAAUUUCUGUGUGAGAUUUGGCAUUUGUAUA